AAUUGACAAUAAACAUUAUUCGGUGAUUACAACUUCAAAUAACUUAAUUUUUUUAUUUUGUAAUGCCUGAUAAUCGUAUAACUGCAAGUCGUUAUUUUUAAAAAUAUUUUUUGUUAUUAUUGAAUUUUUGAGUAUUUUCUACCUGGUAUUUUCUAUUGUAAAUCUUAAAAAUGUCUGAAAAAAGAGAACAUGAAGAGGAUGAUGAAAAAAGUAAUUCCUCUGAAGAUGACUAUGUUGGGCCCAGUAUAUCUGAAGCUAUAGAAGCCCCCGAAAAAAAGAAAAAGAAAAUUUUGAAGUAUGAACAUUUAUAUCUAGAAAAUAUGCCUACGUGUGAUACAUAUGAGAAAAGCUAUAUGCAUCGUGAUGUAAUUACACAUAUUGUUAUGACAAAAACUGAUUUUCUGAUAACAGCAAGUUGUGAUGGACAUGUUAAAUUUUGGAAAAAAUCUGAAGAAUUAAUUGAAUUUGUAAAACAUUUUCGUAGUCAUCUUACUCCUAUUAUAGAUCUAGCAGAUAACUAUAAUGGUACUCUUAUGUGUACCGUUUCAACAGAUCAAACUGUUAAAGUGUUUGAUGUUAUUAAUUUUGAUAUGAUAAAUAUAAUACAAUUAGAGCAUAUUCCACAAAAUGCUAGUUGGGUUCAUUCAAAAGGUGAUCCGAUUCAUACGCUUGCAGUGAGUAGUUCCACUGAACCUAAAAUAUUUAUUUAUGAUGGCAAAGGUACAAAUAUUCCAUUGCAUGUUAUUGAAAAAACGCACUCUAAAUCUAUUGUUUUUAUAAAGUUUAAUCCUGUUUUUGAAGUAGCAGUAUCAGCUGAUAAAAGUGGUAUCCUUGAAUAUUGGUCAGGACCCAAAAGUGAUUAUCAAUUUCCAAAAUGUAUUCAAUUUGAUUCUAAACUCGAUACAGAUUUAUUUGAAUUUGUUAGGCAUAAAACUUAUCCAUCAAGUUUAUGCUUUUCUAAUGAUGGGUUAAAAUUUGCAACUAUAUCACCUGAUCGCAAAGUUCGAGUUUUUCAUUUUUUAAGUGGAAAACUUUAUAGAACAUAUGAUGAGGCCUUAAGUCGAUUUAAUGAACUCCAACAAAAAAAACCACAAGUUCCAAAUAUUGAGUUUGUUCGUAGAAUGGCUAUCGAACGAGAACUUGAUAAAACAGAAGUUUUACAAUCAGCAAAUUUAUGUUUUGACGAAAGUGGACAUUAUCUUUUUUAUCCAACUAUGUUAGGUGUCAAGGUGGUGAAUACAUUUAAUAACACAUUAGUAAAAAUCAUAGGGAAACCUGAGAAUCUACGAGUAUUAAGAAUCACAUUGUUUCAAGGUAAAGCCAAGAAACCUAAAGCUGCUGUUACAUUGGAAAUGGAAGCCGCUACAAACCCUACAUUAGAAGGAGCUUCAUCAGAUCCUACAUUAUUUUGUACUGCUUAUAAAAAGAAUAGAUUUUACAUGUUUACAAAACGAGAACCAGAAGACAUCAAAAGUAUUGAUACUGAUAGGGAUGUUUUCAAUGAGAGACCUUCAAAAGAAGAUAUUAUAUCGUCUACUGAAGCGGCAUCUAUCCAACGACUUUAUGACACUGCUACUAUACACACUGUUUAUGGUGAUAUUCAAUUAGCAUUGUUUAAAGAAUGUCAAAAAACGGUAGAGAACUUUUGUGUCCACAGUAAGAAUGGGUAUUAUAAUGGAAAUAUUUUUCAUAGGGUUAUCAAAGGAUUUAUGAUACAGACUGGAGAUCCAACUGGUACUGGUUUGGGUGGAGAAAGCAUUUGGGGUGGUGAAUUUGAAGAUGAAAUUCGACCACAUUUAAAACAUGAUAGACCUUAUACAUUGAGUAUGGCCAAUGCAGGGCCUGGUACUAAUGGAAGCCAAUUCUUCAUCACAUUAAUACCUACACCUUGGUUAGAUAAUAAGCAUACCGUGUUUGGACGUGUCACUAAAGGAAUGGAAGUUGUUCAAACAAUUUGCAGUGCUAAAACACAUCCAAAAACUGAUAAACCUUAUGAUGAUAUUCAAAUUAUUAAUAUAAGUUUAAAAUAAUCAUGAAGUAUAAUUUUAUAAAAGAUUUUUGUAAAUAUCAAUUUAUAGUGUGACAUUUAAUAAGAUUAAUGUUUUUAAAUUUAAA